AUGAGGGCCAAUCUUAUGCUCCUGCUGGCGCCGCUGGCGGUCUCGGCAGCCCCCGCCGGCAACGAGCCCCGGCAGGCGGCCACGAGCAUCGACACGCUGAUGAAGGCCAAGGGCAAGCUCUACUUUGGCACCUGCACUGACCAGGGCCGGCUCAACGCCGGCAAGAACGCGGCCAUCAUCGACGCCAACUUCGGCCAGGUGACGCCCGAGAACAGCAUGAAGUGGGAGAGUCUGCAGAACCAGAAGGGCACCUACACGUGGAGCCAGGCAGACUUCCUCGUCAACUGGGCCACCACGCACAACAAGACCAUCAGGGGCCACACCUUCAUCUGGCACUCGCAGCUGGCCGGGUGGGUCAGCAACAUCCGCGACAAGGCGGUCCUGACGAGCACGAUCCAGAGCCACAUCACGACCGUCAUGACGCGGUACAAGGGCAAGAUCAGAGGCUACGACAUCGUCAACGAGAUGUUCAACGAGGACGGCUCGCUCCGCAACAGCGUCUUCUCCAACGUGCUGGGCGAGGACUUUGUGAGCAUCGGGUUCAAGGCGGCGCGCGCGGCGGACCCGGACGCAGUGCUCUACAUCAACGACUACAACCUCGACAGCCCGACAGCGACAAAACUGACCAAGGGCAUGGUCGACCACGUCAAGAAGUGGAUCGCCGCCGGCACGCCCAUCGACGGCAUCGGUACCCAGGGCCACAUCACGUCGGGCGGCGGCGCCAACCUGGCCAAGGCCAUCUCGGCCCUCGCCGGCGCCGGCGUCAAGGAGGUCGCCGUGACCGAGCUCGACAUCCAGGGCAACAAUGCCGGCGACUACGCCACCAUCACGAAAGGCUGCCUGUCCGAGCCCAAGUGCGUCGGUAUUACCGUCUGGGGCGUCCGCGAUAAUGACUCUUGGAGACCCUCGGGCAACCCCCUGCUGUUCGACAGCAGCUACGCGCCUAAGGCUGCCUACACGUCCAUUGUGAACGCUCUGCAGUAG